AUGCUUUUCGGCCAGAGGUUUAAGAUGGCGAUAUUUCUUCCAAUACUCUUCAGCAUUUUAGUCCUUCAAACAACCUCGAGAGCUGCACCGAAUGUUUUGGUUAAUAAGAAUAUAGAGGAAGAUCCUAAGCUUGAUAAUGAACCAUAUGGUGCCGCUGAAACUAUAAACGUUGAUAGUAAAAACGAAAAUAACGAACGACAAAAAAGGUAUUUUGAUUAUAACGUAGAACUUGAAUAUCCACCAUAUAAUUUUGAUUUCAACUAUCCCUAUCCAAGCCGUUUCAAUUACAACAAGAGGGACGAAUCUCAAAAUAUAGGUGGAUAUGGCACAGAAGGUACAUUAAGGUAUGUUUUAAGAUAUCUGCAAAAAAUUGUUCGUGAUAUCAGGCAGCAAUCAUCCGUAUCACAUGUUCCAAUAAGUACUCCGACAUAUAUACCGUUGUUUUACAUACCACAAGUGGACUGCAGUUGCAUUUCUAACAAUAACCCACCGUCACCAACAAAUAAUAACAAUAACAAUCAACACACUACAAAAUCUCCCACAAAUCAAGAAACAAAUACACCAGAGCUUCCUGACAGAUUGGGCCCUGUCAAUGAUGAUGUAGAUGAGGACGGUAACAGACCUAUUUCAUUGGAUCCUGUUGAACCUUCAUCGCCAUUAGAUGUUCCUGUACCACCCGUAGAGCAUGGCAGUGUACAAGCAGGUGCCAAGUUACCACAAAAUGUACCGACCACUAAAAGAACGCCGUCAAAUAGUCCAACUUUGCCAAGUAUCAGCAAAACAGAACCGCCCGGCCUUUGUGAAGCAGCAGUGUUAUUUUGUUGUUUACAACCUCAAAUAACGCAAAAAUGUUUCGAAAGACAGGGCUGCCCAGAUCCUUCAAUUUAUGGUAAUCCAUGUGAACCUCAAACAUUUAGGCAGAUACUGGAGAGAGUUUAUACGCAUGUUAAGCAACGAAAUGGU